CACAGACUCCCCGCGAGCCUCGUGGCCCGCAGCACAAAGAAGCCCUUGAGGCCGGGGGUGCACGAGUGGUAAUGGAAAUUGGAGGUCAGCAGAUAAGGGCAGGCGCUGCCUCCCGCUAUAAAACCCGGCAGCCCGGGCGGCCCGGCCGCUGCCGUCGCCCCAGGGUGUGUGUGGACAGCUCGGCACCAUGAAGUGGCUCGUCCUGGCCCUGGCGUGUCUCCAGCUCGCAGAGGGGUUGGUGAGAAUCCAGCUGAAGAAAGGUGAGUCCAUACGGGAGAAGAUGAGGGCAGCUGGAGUGCUGGGUGACUACCUGAAGAAAAUUAAGUAUGAUCCAGUUAAGAAAUACGGCUUCAAAAAGGGCUACGUUGUGAAGGAGCCGAUAACCAACCACCUGGAUUCCUCCUACUUCGGGGAGAUCAACAUCGGGACCCCCCCCCAAAAGUUCUUGGUGCUCUUCGACACCGGCUCCUCCAACCUUUGGGUGCCCUCCAUCGACUGCAGGAGCCCAGCCUGCUUCAAUCACGCCAAGUUCAAGCCCAGUGAGUCUGACACCUUCACCCCCAACGGCCAGACCUACACCGUGACCUACGGCAGCGGCUCCGUCACCGUCGUGCUGGGCUACGACACGCUCAGGAUCCGGAACAUCACCGUCACAAACCAGGAGUUCGGGCUCAGCACGGAAGAGCCCACCCAGCCUUUCUACUUUGCCGAUUUUGAUGGGAUCAUGGGAAUGGCCUACCCUGCCCUGGCAGUGGGAGGGAUGCCCACAGCAGUGCAGCGAAUGCUGCAGCAGGACCAGCUCGCUGAGCCCAUCUUCAGCUUCUACUUCUCACGCCAACCCACCUACCAGUACGGGGGAGAGCUGGUUCUGGGAGGAAUCGACCCUCAGCUCUUCCACGGGGCCAUUACGUGGGCACAGGUGACCCAGGAGCUCUACUGGCAGGUCACACUUGAAGAGGUUGCUAUUGGGCAGUCAGUGACAGGCUACUGCAGCCAGGGCUGCCAGGCCAUCGUGGACACGGGGACCUUCCUACUGACUGUGCCCCAGGAGUACAUCGAGAGCAUCCUGCAGGCCCUGGGUGCCCAGGAGACCAGCUAUGGAUAUGCAGUGGACUGUGAUGAGAUCGAGAACAUGCCUCCCAUCACCUUCACAGUCAGCGGUGCUCAGCUCCCUCUCUACCCCUCCUCCUACGUCCUGAACACCAACGGCUACUGCACCCUUGGGAUCGAGGUCACCUACCUGCCCUCCCAGGACAGGCAGCCACUCUGGAUCCUGGGUGACGUCUUCCUCAAGGAAUAUUACACCAUCUUCGACAUGGCCUACAACCGCGUCGGCUUCGCCCGCUCGGCGUAGGGCAGUGGGGCAGCACCGCCAGCCCCUCUCCUGGCCCAGCACUGCCGGAGUGCCACGGCAUUCCCAGGGACCUCCAUGUUCCUUUACUUGCCCACAUGACUCCCCAUCCCUCGGGAUUCCCGUGUGAGUGUGUC